AAAGCACCCACCACAGUAGCAAAGAAGCCGAUACCACCCACGACCGUCUCGAAGCCUCCACCACCGGCAGCCAAAACGGUCAUCCCCCAAAAACACCCAUCCUCCUCCAUCGCCUCCUCCGCGUCAAUGCCCUCCAUCCCCGCCAACCCCGCCCCGAACUGGAUAAACCGCACCGUGCAAUCCUCCGUUGCUAACGUGGGGAACUACGCGGGCGGCUUCAUCCACUCCAUUGGCGACAGCGUUAACGCCGUGGGCGAUGGGAUCGGAGCUUCGAUCACGAAUACCACGCGCUACUGGGGUCAGGGUGUGGCGGGGUACGGCAACGAUAUCAAGGAUAGUGUGGCUGUCGGUGGGCCGAGGAUCCCCACGGCGGGGAAUCCGUUGGGGAUGGCCGGGAUGGGGAGUUCGAAGGGUGCGUUGCCUGGUGGGAAGCCGGCUCAGGCGGGGACGACGAAUGCUGCGAAGGGAACGGCGGGGAACCCAUUGGGACUGUGAUGGAGGAAUGAUGAAGGAGGAUUGACAGUGUUUGUACCGAUAUAAUGCUUCGUGAUUGGCGUGACUGCCUAGCGAUUCGUGAACUACGCCAGGUGCU